AUGAAACCGCAAAUGCGAAAGAUGAUGGAAAUGGAAGACUACUUGCAAAAUAUAGCCAUCGAUGAAAAAUCCAGAAACAAUGUUGCUGUUUAUCUGAAACUGUAUAUGCAAUUCCUCACUGAAUCUGCAACUAUUAAAUGGUCUGACAUGAAGCCAUUAGGCUUCAGUCAUGAAGUUGACUAUGAUGCAUUGCCGACAGCUGAUGGCUAUGAGGAUGAAAUUCUAAAACGGAUAUGUGUUUUAAAGUUAAACGGUGGCCUCGGAACCACUAUGGGAUGUUCCAGCCCGAAGUCACUGAUCGUUGUUCGUGGCGACUUAACCUUUCUCCAAAUUGCAAUUAAACAAAAUGAGACUAUAAAACAGAAAUACGGCACUGAAGUACCUUUGAUACUUAUGAACAGUUUUAAUACAGAAUCAGCGACGUUGCAGUAUCUUGAAGAUCAUAACAAAAAUCUACGCUGUUUUGAACAAAGUAAAUGCCCAAGAAUUGAUGCUGCCAACCAUAGGCCAAUUUUUUUGGACAAAAAUUGCGAUGAGAAUGAAAAGUGGUAUCCGCCAGGACAUGGAAACGUUUUCCAGUCAAUGGCAUUCUGUGGAUUACUAGACGAGUUAAUUGCCAAAGGUAGAGAUAUCUGUUUCAUAUCAAACAUCGACAAUACAGGAGCUACUACAGACCUCAGAAUUGCUAAAUUCAUGAUAGAUUCAAAAACUGAAUACGCUAUGGAAUGUACGCAGAAAACGCUAGCAGAUAUCAAAGGAGGCACUUUGAUUGAAAUUAAUAACGGUAUUAUGCAUCUGGAAAUACCACAAGUUCCGCCAGAAAAUGUUGAGGAAUUUUGCUCUUUACGAACAUUUAAAAUGUUCAAUACGAAUAACAUAUGGGUUAAUCUAAAAAGUGUUAAAGCCAGGCUUACUGAUAUGAAAAUGGAAAUUAUUGUUAACAAAAAGAAGCUUCGCAAUGGAAGACCAGUAAUCCAAUUGGAAACUUCUGUUGGCGGUGCAAUACGCAACUUUCAAAACGUUUUCAGUAUUAAAGUACCACGUGCAAGAUUUUUGCCAGUUAAAAAAACUCAAGAUCUUUUGGCACUGAUGAGUGAUAUCUAUGAGAUGGAUGACUGCUGCAAUAUACGAUUGCGGAUUAAUCGGCCAAUUGUUCAUCAGCCGAUAAUCAAACUCUCAAAACACUUUGAUUCCAUGGAACAGUUUUGGAAACGUUUUGCAACUAUACCACAGAUGUCAGAUUUGGUUCGACUUCGGGUAGACGGUGAUGUUUAUUUCGGGAAAGAUGUGAUUUUAAAGGGCGAUGUUAUAAUAGUGGCCGAUGAGGGUAAUCGUUUGGAAAUUCCAAGUAAAUGUUUUAUUGAAAAUAAAGUGGUGACAGGAUCGUCUAUGUCUUUUGAAUAA